AUGGCCAUAUCACACUCGUCGAGUGCGCCUGCCUACGCACUGCACCAGCCCUACGAUGUCGGGUUAUUAGUGUCCGAUGUACAGAGUACUGACGCGUUCAUAUCAGACAAAAGAACAACCAUUGACCUAUCGCCGGGUAUAUUUUGCUGUGCUUCCGCCGACUUCAAACGAGAUACAAAUUUGUGCAAUGCCGCGCAGAAACAAGCUCCGUUACGUAAAAUCGCACCAAGACAUGUUAUGGUUGAAAGGCCAGAUGAGCUAUACAUGCAUGGCUCUCCUUUGAAACAGGUUGUGACCAAAUACUUUUUGUCAUGUACUGCUGCUUUGGUAGCAGAAACUGUGACAUAUCCACUAGACAUCACCAAAACAAGGCUUCAAAUUGCUAGGAAUCAGCAUACUAAAGGAGGAAUGUUCCAAGUUACUUAUGAUAUUAUUCGGAAAGAGGGAGCCUUAAGCCUUUGGAAAGGUAUUGGUCCAGCCAUCACUCGUCACUAUAUUUACACGGGAAUAAGAAUGGGUGGAUAUGAAACACUAAGAGGACUGGUGUUUGACGAAACGCGAGAGAAAACGUUUCCUGUGUGGAAGUCGAUGCUAUGCGGGGCUACAGCUGGUCUUGUGGCCCAGUUCGCUGCCAGUCCCACGGAUUUGGUAAAGGUACAAAUGCAAAUGGAGGGACUGCGCAAGUUGCAGAAUCUUUCACUGCGGUACAGCGGAGCUUGGGAUUGUUUCUUCUCUCUUUACAGGACGCAAGGCUUUUCCGUUCUCUGGCUUGGAUGGAUUCCGAACUGUCAACGCGCUGCGCUUCUAAACAUGGCAGACAUCGCUACUUACGACUUUGUCAAGCAUAAAUUGCUUAGGGAUUUCAAUUUUCUAGAUAACUGGGUGACUCACGCUGUUUCUAGUGCUUGUGCAGGAUUAUCAGCUGCUAUAGUAUCGCUGCCAUCUGAUGUUGUCAAAACGAGAAUGAUGGAUCAGAUAAGGCAUGAACUGGAUGCAAAGUUGGUUCAUACUAAAAAUACUCACCUCCAGCUAUACAAAGGCUGCAUUGAUUGCUUCGUGAAAAUAGUUCGUCACGAAGGAUUCUUGUCGCUUUACAGAGGAUUUCUUCCAAGCUACAUCAGAAUGGCACCUUGGUCGCUCACGUUUUGGGUCUCUUAUGAGGAAAUUCGGAAGUUUGUGGGAGCUCCUAGCUUCUAA